AUGAACUCGUCUAGGAAUAUUUAUCGACGGGAAAUCGAUUUUAGAGCCCUAGCCCUCCAGUCGCCGGAGUUUUCAAGACGUCUCAAAGCAAACGAUCAAUUGGACUUUAGCGAUCCAGAUGCUGUCCGGCAACUGACGAAGAGCCUUUUGGAGCGGGAUUUCAAAAUCCGCGUGGACCUCCCUGGCAAUAGACUAUGCCCCCCGGUGCCGAACAGAUUGAACUAUAUUCUCUGGCUUCAAGAUCUUCUUGACACCACCUCGGAGGCUGGAGACGAUGAAUACGACCCAGAGAAAGAAGUUCUUGGUCUUGAUAUAGGAACCGGGUGCUGCAGUAUCUACCCUCUUCUAGGAUGCUCCAUGCGGUCACGAUGGAAAUUUUUUGCAACCGAUAUUGACGAAGAUAACAUCGUCUCGUCUCGGAAAACUGUCUCGGAAAACCAGAAAAGUGACCGAAUCACGGUCGUCAAGACAGACCCAGACGAUCUGCUCAUCCCGCUUGACAAACUCGGUAUUGACAGGCUGGAUUUUACCAUGUGCAACCCCCCUUUCUACGAAUCGGAACAAGAACUUCUCUCCUCGGCAGCUGCAAAGUCAAGACCGCCAUAUUCAGCAUGUACAGGAGCAGCCGUCGAAAUGAUCACUCCAGGAGGAGAAAUCACGUUUGUCUCUAACAUGAUCACCCAAUCUUUGAAUCUACAGACAAGGGUUCGUUGGUUUACCAGCAUGCUUGGCAAAUUAUCCAGCUUGUCCGCCAUUGUGCAGAAACUGCUUGAUCUUGACGUCGAAAAUUGGGCAGUCACGGAAUUUGUCCAGGGGAAAGGGACUAAACGCUGGGCUGUCGCUUGGAGUUGGAUGGAUUGGAGGCCGCGGAGUGAUUUAAGCAGAGGGCUAUCUACAUUGCCGAAACACCUGCUACCAUUUCCAUCACAUUUCAACGUUGAGCUCCCCAAAGACACGAAAUUGGAACAAGUUUGUAGCAAACUCGAGUCCGAACUCUCCGUCUUGAGAUACCUUGUCCAUACUUGGGUUACCAAAGAGUCAUGCGUCGGAUUUGCAAGAGAAGAUGUAUGGUCCCGCAAGGCCCGGCGGAAAUUUUCAAAGGAACAACACACAAAGAGCGCUAAUGAGAACGAUGAUCCUGACGUGAUGGAUUUGGAGGAGCAAUGGAAAAAGGCACCCAAAGACGUAGCCGCACUGGGCUUUCGUAUCGAUCUGAGACUGGAAGCUGAUACUAGCGUAAGCAUGGUGAUUCGGUGGUUGAAGGGAAUGGACCAGGUAUUGUUUGAAAGCUUUUGUGGUAUGAUCAAGAGGAAAUUCGGCGAGGAAUGA